CUGUGUCUCAGUCCAGAAGGAAGAUGGGUUCCACAGAAGACCUUGACUAUCCUCAAAUCAUCGUGCAAUACAGCAAUGGAUUUUUAAUCUCAAAGGUUAUGUUCACUGCCUGUGAGCUGGGGGUGUUUGAUCUUCUUCUGGAGUCAGGAAAGCCUCUGUCUUCAGAUACCAUUGCUGCAGGUCUGGGUGUCAGCACCAUGGGGAUGAGAAGACUGCUGGAUGCCUGUGUGGGAUUGAAGCUCUUGGCAGUAGAGAUGACACAAGAAGGAGCCCUCUACAGAAACACAGAAAUUUCCAAUGUCUACCUUACAAAAUCAAGUCCAAAGUCUCAGUAUCACAUUAUGAUGUAUUAUUCCAACACAGUCUACUUGUGCUGGCAGUACCUGGCUGAUGCUGUGAGAGAAGGAAGAAACCAGUAUGAAAGAGCUUUUGGUGUAUCAUCUAAAGACCCUUUUGGAGCAAUGUACAGAUCAGAUGAAGAAAUGCUAAAAUUCAUGGCUGGCCAGAACUCAGUAUGGAGUAUAUGUGGCAGAGAUGUCCUUGCUGCAUUUGACCUUUCCCCUUUCAGGCAGAUCUAUGACCUGGGAGGAGGUGGAGGAGCUUUGGCCCAAGAGUGUGUUUCUUUGUAUCCAAAUUCUACUGUCACAAUUUAUGACCUGCCCAAAGUUGUGCAGGUGGCCAAAGAACAGUUUGUUUCCCCCGAGGAGCAUCAGAUCACUUUCCAUGAAGGAGACUUCUUUAAUGAUUCAAUACCUGAAGCUGAACUGUAUAUUUUAUCCAAGAUACUGCAUGAUUGGGAUGAUGACAAAUGCAAACAACUGCUGGCAAAAGUCUACAAAGCUUGCAAACCUGGUGGGGGAGUGCUGCUGGUUGAAUCCCUUCUGAAUGAAGAUAGAAGUGGGCCUAUAGAAACUCAGUUGUAUUCGAUGAAUAUGUUGGUGCAGACAGAAGGGAAAGAGAGAACAGCAGCAGAGUACAGCAAGCUCCUGAAGGCAGCUGGCUUUGGAGUGAUUCAAGUAAAGAGGACUGGAAAACUCUAUGAUGCUGUUUUAGGAAGGAAAUAGUAGUAUGUGUUUUAUGUAUGUAACGAAACAGAAGAGGUUGAGAAAUAUGCUGUUCUUCUUAGUGGGCAAUGAUUAGCCUAGCUUUUAAUUAAGGCUGCCAACUUUUUGUAAGCUGAUACACAGUCAAAAGAGUCACUAAUAACAGAUCUUCAACAUGCAUGUAUUACAAAUCUGGAAGCCUGGCUUGGCUGCCUUUGGAUCUGGGAGGAAAAGAAAGAACAGCACCUGUUCCACAAGAAACAAUCCACAAAAGAAAAGUGUAGUGUGUCUGCUUCAGCUUGUAUCAGUCUUUCUGAUUUUUAACACUAUCUGACAAAAGCAGAGCUGAAUUUGCACUUGAGUUCCUGCAAAACAAAACUAAUCCCUGUACUGAGCUUUUGUGCCUGCAUUUGUAUUCCUGAAAUAUUGAUAUAAUAAAACCAGA